AUGGUUUCAUCGACAAUUUUGAGGAAGCACUUUAGCAUUAACUGCGCCACGCUUGUCCUGGUUCUUCUUGCUAUAGUGUCUAAUACAUUAGUCCUUGAUGUUAGUGCGGUGAGCCUUGGCUUACAUGUCGGUGGAGUACCCGAACCCCCCUCUGUAGACCUUCCUGUAAGUUCCACAGAGGUGUUUUCUAGCAAUGUUUCUUUCGACCAACACACGGUGCUUGACAAAACAUACUGGAGUAACCCAGAUGAUCAAACAAAACAAUUAAAUAAACGGUUUGGAAGAUCGAUCACCCCAUCGGUGAUUCCAAAGAGCAACACUAUGAGUAAUUCGUCAACACUAGACUCCGAGGGCAUUAACACACCUUACACAAAUCUUGAUAAAAGCACCCAAAGUAUCACAGCUGCGGCAUGCGCAUCAUCCGUAAUCGCGAGAAGGGAAAAUGACCACACAGCGAGCGACGAAAUACCCCAAUUAGACAUAACUUUAGGUUUGAAGGAUGUCAUACGGCACACACAAACACCGAAAAGUACGACCCCCCUAUCGAACCACAUCGGUAAUCGUAAAGGAACUAAUCAGGAUAUUUUAGAGAAUCCUCAAUCAAAGACUUCACAACUUCAUCUUUCAAUGCAUCAGAAAAAAAAUCUCCAAUAUCAUCCAGAAGAGGAAGUUGUUGUAGUUCAAACUUCUCAAAAAUCUCAGCUCUUUGAACAACAGCAUGGAUUUUUUACGCCUCCCAUUGUUGUACAAAAUGAUAUUAAUCUUGAAAAUGAAUACAACUCUAUAAUACCCAUCACCUUAUACGGCACCGACACGACGGUUGUUUCUUUUAAAGGCCACAAAGGCUACAUCGUCAACGUGGUUCUUCAGUUCCGUGGACACCGCUACGACCCUACCGUGUCGGAGCAUAACUGCGAAAAUACGCAUAUAUCCGCACAACUGCGUUUACUUUUCCCAUCAGAGGAUGAAGAUGAAUGGAUAGAUUCAACCAAUAUCGCAACUACGAUGGCAGAGGAAUCUUAUUCCCCCACCUUUGAGGAGCUCGAAAAUACAGUUGCUGGUUCUCAUCACGUCAGGAACCGUAUUAAGAGUGUAGGUAAAUCCAAGAGAAUCAAAGCUACCUCUGCCAAAGCCCGUCAACUUGAGAAUACCAAGAAUAAUGAUGCUGAUGAUGCGUUCUACAAGGAUAAUCAGAAUCGGUUUUGGAGUUCCUUCAUUCAGCUCUUUGACACGUCUUUGCUAUGUGAGAUUUUACCAAGUCGUUCCUUGCGCACAUCUCAACUAAAAGUCGACCAGACUCUCCGCUUUACGAUCCAAAGUAUGGUUCAGCCCUCACGAUGGGAUAACUUUAACAAUAGGGAUGACGCGUGGGUGCAAAGCAACCUCUGCCGCAUUCAGGUAUCUAUCUCGCAGACCCCUGCCAAGCAGCUUAAGGUGGACCAAAUCCUAUAUGCGGUGGUGAUCCCAUUGCUGGUGCUGCUGCUCCCACUGCCUUUCUUUCUCCGACGCGCGGAUAUCAUUCAGGGAACUUCUCUUGAUAUCAACGCGCUGGGGUACAUGCGGUUUCCCCCGUAUUUUCUCCGACGAAGCCUCAUCGGCGGGGCGCUUUACCUCAAGGAAAAGCUCCACGCGGCAUGGUAUCGACGCCGGCGAAAGGCCCUUCAAAAAAGGCUCGAAAUGCAGCAGCGGGCUCUCGCUGCUCGUCUAAACGCGGUCCUGGUAGAGGUCCCCAAUAACUCCGCGGGACGGCCUGCCCAGACCCUGAAGAAGGACCUCGAGAUUCCUCUUGGGUUCCCAAUUCAGCCCCACCUGGCAGAGAUUACAUCCCCCUUAGAGGCGCCAGAGCCCUCAACGAGGGGGAGAGAUGCGAGUUCACCCACGGAGGAGGAAAAGGAGCGACCUUCCACGAUGUUGGUGCAGUUGCCCAUCCGACGGUUUCAGGAGAAUGAGGAGGCCCCUGGUAAUCCGUUGUCGGGGACUUGGACCACGGCUGUGGUGGUCAAACCAGUCUCGCAUUCUACCACCGAGAAAAUCCUACCUUCGCGACCUCCGCGGGAGGACAAGGAGGGAAAAGAAAUUGAUGACGAUUCCACCACCCAACUUCCCCUGCGCAAGCGAGGGACGGUGGACGGUACACCUGCUGAGUUCCCACCCGCGGCCCCUUACGCGACUGGCGGCAAUAGUCAAAGCCUCUUUUUCACCACCAAUUCAUCCUCUGAAGACGAUAGUGAGGAUUCCGAAGAGGACGAGCGCUUAUGCCGGAUAUGCCGCGAUGGAGAUGGGAAUUUAGUGGCCCCUUGCAAUUGUACCGGCUCCGUGCGUUGGGUGCACCUCUCCUGUCUCGAUCACUGGCGGCUUGAGCGCAUGAAACGCAACGUGGGGAAUCACAAUGUAUGUGAAAUAUGUAAAAGUCCCUUUAAGAUCAAGAUUCGGCGUUCAACCAUUGUAUGGCAAGGCUUCAAGAGGAUUGUGUGUGCUAUUAUCUUGAUUGCCACUUGCACGCUUUGCUUUUUGUUAAUUCCAUUGAUAUCAUACAGCGUCUUUGGAGAGAUAUCCUGUGUUGCCGAAUAUCAUCGCGUGCCUUACGCCACCAUGUAUCAAUUCGAUGGCAUCAUACUCUCACUUUUCGUGUAUGUAGAGAUUAUUCUUGCGGUAAUACUUGCACGUCUCAUCGUUUACAGCUGGUUUCGAAGCAAUCCAGAGGUGGAGGCUUACAUAGCCGAUGUACACGUCAUCCCACAAUUUAUGACGUGGCUGAAUAAGUUGAAAAUUGCCUUUGUGACGUUGGUUAUAAUUGCCCAAACGAUUUCCAUUGGGUAUCUGAUAAAGUACUUUGUGUAUAUCGCUAGCAACAUUGGGUGGAACUGGGAGGCUUCGCCCUUAUUAGGGGGUAUUGUGUAUAUUUUACUUAUAUUCGUAACAAUAGGAGUGAGUGUCUUACUACGGGAACGUUGGAUUCAGUCACAAAACAGACGGCAACCGGCCGCAGCGCCAAACAUUGCCGUGGAAGAGCGUAAUGGCAACAACCGCUCUCCUGCGAACCUGGAGGUAUAA